AUGAUUGAGAAAGCUUUAGACGCCGCAUCUGAUAGGAGCGAAAUCACUUCGCCUCAAUUUGAAGCAUGGAGAAAGCGCCCGAGUGGUUAUCCUCGCUUUUCAGAGCGCAUUGCAGUCAAACCGGAAACAGGCAUCUACCGACGAUUCGACGCGCUCAACGCCCGGCGUAUACUAUUUCUCCAAGCUGAGCUUUGUGUAUUGGAACUCGCGAUACGGGAGGUUGAAGCCAGGGAUAAUGCGGACAAAACCGGGAAAAAGUCGCAAUACGCGACUGACUACUACCGCAUGCUGAAGGCUCCAGUCAACCAGCAAAGAGAGCAGUUAGAGCUGGUUACGAAAAUGAAUGGAAAGCUCGACCAGUACAGAUACUCUUCAGACCAAGCUGUCCUUCAGGUAUCGAGGCUUCACGAACUGCGAUCGCCCGACCGAUUCGAUCUUAGCGAUGUCCAAACAUUCUUGCGAAGUAAUGAGAUGGGACCGCCGUACCUGGACGGCGAAGAUCGUGACCUAUGGGGCAGACCGGACGAUGUCAACAACUAUGCGCCCGAUCUGGUUGGAGUGCACCCCCGCAUCAAGGAGGACACAUUCUCUCGGUUAGUUUCAGAAAGAGCGAUAUAUCUCUUCAAAUGUGGACUGGGUAUGUUCACGAAGGGUAAUCAGCAUGUCGGCCGGUACAUCUACUAUGACUCCGUAGUCUUGAGGGCGACGUCGUGGAUCACGUGUAUCCUGGCCUCUCUUUUGCCGAUUGCGUCGAUAAUCGUGUUGACGCAUCUGUCAAAUUUGAACACGAAGCUUUGGGUAAUCGCUGUGUUCAACGUGUUUACCAGUGUGUGCCUGCGUACGUUGACGGAUGCGAAACGGGCGGAGAUUUUCGCUGUAACUGCUGCGUAA